UUCAAUGGAUCAUCAUCUCCCUGUGAAAGCACCAAUAAGCCAUGAGAGAUACAAGAUUGAAGCCAAGAAUCUGUCCUACAAACUCCCUCCAACGUACGGCAACUUCAAAAGGUUAUUAGGUAGGCAGUUGAUCAGUGACAGCAACAACCUCAGGAGUAGUAGUACCAGGUAUGUUUUAAGGAAUGUGAACUGUGAGGCCAAUCCUGGGGAAAUAACAGCAAUUGCAGGCCCAAGUGGGGCAGGAAAGACAUCCCUGCUGGAUAUUCUUGCUGGGAUUUUCGUCCCCUCCAGACUUUCUGGCCAUGUUCUUGUCAAUGAUCACCCAAUGAAGCCUGCAAAUUUUCGGAGAGUUUCAGGUUAUGUCACACAGGAGGAGGCUCUUUUCCCCCACCUCACCGUCGAGGAAACUCUGAUGUACAGCGCGAGAUUUAGGCUUUCGGGGGGGUAUGAUGAUGGUGACAAGGCGAAACAGAUUGUUUCUCAGCUGUUGAAGGAGCUUGGUUUGGGGCAUGUUGGUGGGGUGAGAGUGGGGGCCCUCUCGGGGGGCGAGAGGCGUAGGGUGUCAACCGGGGUGGAGCUCGUGCAUAAUCCCGCUGUUUUGCUGCUGGAUGAGCCAACUUCCGGGCUGGAUUCUGCUUCAGCACUUGAUGUUCUGUUGCUGCUAAAGUCGAUGGCCAAGAACCGUGCUAAAACCGUGGUGUUAACCAUCCACCAGCCCGGUUUUAGGAUUCUUGAAUUGCUCGAUCGAGUUGUGUUGCUAUGCAAUGGCUUUGCCCUCCACAAUGGAUCCCAACGCCUUCUCGAAGAGAGGCUUAAGUCCUCGGGGAAUCCCAUCCCUUAUCGAGCCAAUUUGCUCGAAUUCGCCAUUGAAUUGACAGAUAUCCUUGCAGAAAGUCUACAAAUCAAAGAAGAAUGUGACAAUUCUAUUGUCAAUAAUGUCAAAGAGAAGCAUAGUUUUCACUCAAAUGCUCCACUUAAGGAGGUGUGGAUUCUGAGCCAGAGAUUCUGCAGAAACAUUUUCAGAACCAAACAGCUUUUCUUGGCUAAAAUGGUUCAAGCAUUGCUCAACGGGGUUCUACUCGGGACGAUAUUUCAGAAUGCUUUUAAUCACCCAAAAGAAGCAAAGCUACAAACUCAACUCGGAUUCUUCGCCUUUAGUCUCACCUUCUUGCUGUCUUCGAACACAGAAGCCCUCCCGAUUUUCUUAGACGAGAGGAGAAUUCUGAUGAGGGAGACCUCGCGAAGAGCCUAUAGGAUCUCUUCCUACACAAUAGCAAACGCCAUAGUUUUUCUUCCUUUCCUAUUAGUACUAUCCCUGGUCUACACUAUCCCGGUGUACUGGCUAGUUGGAUUACGUUGCGAUUUCAAUGCAUUCGUGUACUACUCCCUGGUGUCCUGGAUGGUUUUCGCGAUGGGGAAUUCAUUCGUGGCAGCAUGUGCUGCUCUGGUGCCCGAUUUCAUCGUGGGAAUGUCGUUCCUAGGGGGUAUGAUCGGGGCGUUUUUCCUCUUCUCUGGGUACUUCAUAAACAAGGAUGGCUUGCCAAAGUUCUGGCUUUUCAUGCAUUAUUUGAGUCUUUUCAAGUACCCAUUUGAGUGUCUUCUGAUAAAUGAGUAUGGAGGGGAGAAUGGGAGGUCAAAAUGUGUUCAGAGAGUUGAUGGAGUGUGUUUGUUGUAUGGGAAUGAGCUUUUGGAGAUGGAAGGCAUUAAGGAGUCACAGAAAUGGUUCAAUUUAGGUGUGAUGGCUGCCUUCAUUUUGGGAUACAGAUUUCUGUGUUUUCUGAUUCUCUGGUUCAGAUCUUACCGAACUAGAAGUUGAAUCGUGUAUGAGUACUGAUAACGUUUGUAAAUUCUAAACUUUUAUCUGUCUUGAAUUUGAUGUUCGAAUAUUCUUACUGUUUUUGGAUUAGGGUACUUUGUCUUAGGCGCCGUUAUAGAAAGUUUAGAUUUUGUGCUCGAUGAUCUAAUAACUAAUGAGAAAGUCAUUAGGUGAGUUCAUACAAGUUUGUGUUGAAUUGGUAUAAUUUUUGUAUAGUAAUAUAUGUAAGGGCAACAUGAUAUAUUACAUUAUA